AUGCUUGAUACCGAUGCUACACAUACUUUAAUCACUCGUUCUCUCCUUAACACCUUUUCUCAUUCUCCUAUUCAAAAAACCUCUAUCACUACCGCAGUGCUUGGUGAUGCUAAUACCACUAUAUCACUUCAUGGAAUAGUCCGAUUGUGUAUUUGUGUUAAUCACAUUCCUACAUAUGUUUCUGUUGUUGUUGUUGGUUCAUUAAGUGUCGAUCUUAUCCUUGGUAUGGACUGGUGUCGUCAAUAUAACGUAGUACUUCGUAUACCUCAACAAGAACUUCUUCUCCAUCAUCCUCAAUAUGGUCAAACAACUGUUCAAUUUCAAGAUAACAUCUCCAUUCCAGUUCGUCUUGCUCAAUCCAUACAACUCGCUCCUUAUCAUGAACAUAUUGUUUGUUUACUCACACCUAUCUCAUCUGCUUCUCAAGUCUCUUAUACACCUGAUACAAUUUUAUGUAAGAAAAAGAAUAUUUUUAUUCCAGACGCUAUUUUACGUGUAAAUACUUUUCACACUUCCAUCCUUAUCUCUAAUCUUGCUAAGACUCCAUCCAAGUUGCGUAAAGGUACGAUUCUUGGUAAUAUUAGUUUCUUUCCUUCGUCUCCGGUUCCAAUCAAAAUCACAUCUCUUCCAUCUUCCACAUGGUUCCCACUUUCUAAUUCAUCUUUAGUUACUCUCUCUUCUAUUCAACCCAAAAUUACUCACAAUCCCUCGGAUAUAGAUUCUAUUAUUGACGAUUUAGUUAGUUCCAUAACUGACACUGAAGGAAAACAAAUUUUCUAUAACAUCCUACAACGGCAUCGCACCGUAUUCGACUUGUCGAAACAUACUACUGCUAAAACUCAGCUUCCUCAUGUCAUAGUCACCGGAGACCACUCCCCGAAUAGUACUCGUUCAUACUAUCGUACUGUCGAACAGCGUAGAGAACUGCAACAAGAAGCUGAUAAACUCCUGUUAGAUCAUAUAAUUCGUCCGUCCACUUCCCCUUGGUCGUCUCCUGUUAUUUUGAAAAAGAAACCUGAUGGUACAUUUCGUUUUCUUGUUGAUUUUCGUCGCCUUAACUCUAUAACAAAAAAAGACACUUAUCCACAGCCAUCUUCUGAAGAGUUAAUCUACCGUCUCUCUGGACAUAGUUACUUUACAAAAAUUGAUUUAAAAAGUGGAUAUUUUCAAAUACCUAUUGCUGAAGACGACAAGAAAAAAACAGCGUUUGUAACACCUGACGGUCAUUACGAGUUCAAUGUACUUCCUCAAGAUCUCAUAAAUGCUCCCGCUAGUUUUCAGCGUGUUAUGAAUAAUUUACUUGCUACCGGUAGAUGGGACUAUGCAGUCAUUUAUCUUGAUGACAUUGUUGUCUUUUCUCAUUCACUUGAGAAACAUCAACGUCAUGUAGAUGAAGUCUUAUCAAUUCUAAGCAAUGCUCAUUUCAAGGUAUCCUCUUCUAAGUGUCAAAUUGCAGCUCCACAAAUUGAGUUUCUUGGUCACAUAGUUACUGCCACUACUGUUCAACCAACACCAGAAAAAGUUCAGGCUAUCCUUGAUAUCCAACCACCUCGCACUUUAUCACAGGCAAAUCGAUUUUUAGGUAAAAUAGGGUACUAUCGAAAAUGCAUAGAUAAUUUUGCAGCUAUAGCUGCUCCUUUACAUAAAAUUACCAAUAAGACUCGUGCCAAACGACAUGAGUUUUAUAGGCACGCGGAGCAGCAAGCUGCAUUUGAGCACUUCAAGAAAAUUCUAACUACGUCCCCACUCUUCCUUCACUUUCCUGACCCUUCUCUUCCUUUAAACCGCGGUUAUGAUACAGUAAACCGCGGUUUAUAA